AUGACCGAACACAGAGACAUUGAUUCAAAACGAAGGAGAUCCAUUGCAUUACUUACAAAGCCAGCACUUACACCAUCCCCAUAUUCCAUGUCACCAAAUCGAAAUUCACCGAUGGGAUUGGCAUCUUCAUACGCAGGAAACACACAAUUCAUGAAAUCAUUCUCAGAUCGUGAAGAUGAGAAUGCAGUAGGGGCGAUCGAAACCGAAUCAUCAAAUCAUUCAUCAAGAUCAAAUUUAUCAGAUACCCCUCAGCCUCCUUCUCCUCCUCACCAAGAGCUUAACUUGUCUGCAGGGUUGGACAAUCCCAUCUUAAUUCAGAAAGUAGCUAAACAUUUACCACAGGAAGAUUCCUUGUCUCAAGAAGGUGGUGAUAUCGUUCGAGAUCUUUAUAAGAUCGGACACGAGUCUAGAAACACCCCUGAACUCAGAAGAGCAAGAAGUUUCUCUUCUGAAGAUUUAGGUCGUCUGUCUAGGAGAUCAAGUACAAGUGCAAGUUCCAUAAAUGUUCCAGGUGGAUUUCGUCGUGAAUUUUUAAUUCAACAAUCUACAAAAUUCAAUGCAGAAUCUGUUCGUACUCAAACUCCUAAUUUCUUAACUAGGAACUUUAUUGAAUUCUUGAGUGUAUAUGGUAAUUUUGCCGGUGAAGAGUUGGAAGAUGAAGAGAAUGUUGCCAAUCAUUAUAAAUAUCUUUUACCUUCGGAAGAAAUGCCUUUAAUUGAGGAAAAUUUCAAUCCAAAAGGAACUGCAACUGAUAAAAAGGCAUAUUUCUUAUUAUUAAAAGCAUUCAUUGGAACUGGUGUCCUUUUUCUUCCCAAGGCGUUCUCGAAUGGUGGGUUAGUAUUCUCCAUUGUGACUUUGUUGUUUUUUGCAGCACUCUCAUAUUGGUGUUAUUUGAUUUUGGUUUAUGCAAAGACUGCAGUUAAGGUAUCGAGUUUUGCAGAACUUGGAUUGAAGUUAUAUGGAAAUUGGUUGCAAAGAUUAAUUCUUUCUUCAAUUGUUAUUUCACAAAUGGGUUUUGUAGCUGCAUAUAUUGUUUUCACUUCGGAGAAUUUACGUGCAUUUAUUGUUAAUUUAAGUGGAUACAAUACUGAAGAUUUACCUAUAUUUUGGUUUAUUAUGGGCCAAGUGUUGGUGAUUACUCCCUUGGCCUUGAUUAGAGAUAUUACGAAAUUAUCAUUACUGGCAGUGUUGGCCAAUUUUUUUAUUCUUACUGGAUUAGUAACUGUGUUAUAUUUUAUCUUUUAUGAAUGGUUAUUAACUAAUAAUGGACACUUUGGAAAUAAUAUUGAAUACUUCUUUAAUGAGUCCGAAUUUUCAUUAUUCAUUGGAACUGCAAUCUUUGCAUUUGAAGGAAUUGGUUUAAUUAUUCCAAUUCAAGAAUCUAUGAUUUAUCCAAAUAAUUUCCCAAAGGUAUUAGGACAAGUUAUUUUAACCAUCUCCAUUGCAUUUAUUGUUAUUGGAAGUUUAGGAUAUUUAACCUUUGGAGAUAAUAUCCAUACUGUGAUUUUAUUGAAUUUACCACAAGACUCAGUAUUGGUCAUUAUGACUCAAUUAUUAUAUUCAUUUGCCAUUUUAUUAUCCACUCCAUUACAAUUAUUCCCAGCCAUUAGAUUAAUAGAAUCCAAACUUUUCUUCAUGAGUGGUAAACAGUCCAUAACCGUCAAAUGGCUCAAGAACUGUUUUAGAACUUUGUUCGUUUUGUUGAUUGCAUAUAUUGCCUUGAUUGGUGGACGAAAUUUGGAUAAAUUCGUUUCAUUCGUUGGUUGCUUUGCAUGUAUACCUUUGGUUUAUAUGUAUCCGCCAAUUUUGCAUUUAAAGAGUUGUUGUAAUAUUCAUGACGGUUUACUGACUCAAGAAAAAUCAUCCAGAUAUUGGUUGGGUGUUUUAGAUUACGUCUUAGUCCUCAUUGGAGGUGUAGCCAUGGUCUAUACAACUUAUCAGAUCUUGGCUCUUUAG